AUGACUAAUGUACUCGGCUUAUUAAUGGAGCCGGAAACCUCUACUCCAUCCGUAACAACGAAGCCUGAACCUCCCGAUGAUGGAUAUGAACCGACCGAAGAGGCAAAAACUAUUGGAGGACACGAGAAGGUACCUCUUGUAAUAAUGGCAUAUGGUGAGCGUUAUACGAUCCUAAAACAACUGGAACAAAUGAAACCAACAGUGAUUAUCCUUUACAAUACUGAUGUAGUUACUUUAAGACACAUUGAGAUGUAUAAAGCUUACCAUUCGAAUUUAUUCCUGCAUAUUUUCUCAUUGAUGUACCGGGAGUCAACGGAGGAGUCACGUUAUUUAACAGCUCUUAAGAAUGAAACUGAUGCUUUUGCAUCACUUUUCAAAGAGGAAAAGGUUCUGUUGAUUCCCCGCCGAUAUGAGACUGAACGUGAGCAGGUACUUCGUCUAGAGUUAUCAACACGAGACGGCGGAGGACAGGCGCCGGAUUCGGAUGAAAGGCCAAAGGUGAUUGUUGAUAUGCGUGAAUUCAACAGUGAACUUCCUACUGUACUUUACAAGAAAGGUUACGAUGUUGUUGCAGUCACUCUUGAGGUCGGUGAUUACGUUUUAUCUCCUGGAAUCGCAGUUGAACGAAAAGCUCUGGACGAUCUGACGCAGUCUCUUCAGUCCGGUCGUGUGUUCAAACAGUCUGAACAGAUGAUACGUCAUUAUGCGAAUUCAGUUCUUCUAAUUGAAUCAAAUCGAAAAUUCGAGUCAAAAAUAGUUAACGGAGGUCCAUUCCAGGGAGAAUUGACACGACAUUGUCGUGAGGUUCGAGCUCUGUUGUGUUCGUUGUUGCGAGCAAGUCCAAAACUCAAACUGAUUUGGUCGCUAUCGCCGGCAAACAGCGCGGAGUAUUUUGCGGAGAUGAAGCUGAAUCGUCCUGAACCAGAUCCGGAGAAGGCUAUGUCACUCAAAGGAGACGAUGCUUUUGAGCGAGUUGAAGAAGAUCUUACUAUUUCUCCGGAUAAAAGACGUAAACCAAAUCCAGUACUGUUACGACAUAUGUCUCAGCACUUACCUGGUAUGGGUAGAGGAGAUGUGCAAACGAUGAUGCUUAGUCAGAAGGUGAAGAACUUACGCGAGCUGCUGAUGAUGUCUGCCGAACAAUUACACGGUGUAAUUGGAUCACAUGCCGAUAGGAUUAAAAAAAUGAUAUGUGUGUGGCUCUGCAACCGAGAAAUCUUUGCAUCAAAAUCAUGCAACAGACGGAGAUUAAAGAAGUGUUGA